UCCAGUCGUGCGUGCAAGCGCCAUGGACAUCAUCAACACGCUCUUCAUGCGCUCUGCACAGUUUCGAAGCCUUACCUUGCCCCAUCUCCGCCGCAUCCUUGAUCAGACCAUCACAUGCUGUCCUUCGAAGAAGUCGUCGCGCGAGCAGCGGGAACUACGCACCGCGGCGCUUCGCAUCUUCAAAGGGUGGCUCGACCGGUUCCAGGAAAAGUUCACCCAGCUGCGGUUUGCUGCAACCUACCUCGAGCACACGUGCAACAUCAAGCUGGACCAGAUUGAGGCUGAGCCCUUUCGUCAGGCACAGCAACAACAGCAGCAGCAGCAACAGCAUGACACAGGCGCUGCAGCUUCUGAAGCCGACAUGCGCAGCCGUCAGCUGCAGGAGCUACAGGCGACCAUCACAGAGAGCCUGCCCCAGGUGGAGGACGCCGUGACCCAGCUUGAAAACUCCCUCAGCCUGUUGAAACAAGUGACGCGUGUUCGUGAGGAGGAGCACAAGAAGCAGCAACGACAACAGCAGCAUGAACGCCUGGCAAAGCAGCGGCAAGCCGCCAGUGCGUCCAAGACUCCACUCGACAUCUUCAACGACGACGACGACGACGACGACGACGACGACGACGAUGACGACGACGACAUGGCUCACGUGUCUGCUAUGGAUCUUAUUGGUGAUGACGAUGACGAUGACGAUGACGACGAUGAUGGUGAUGAUGAUGGCAGAAUACGGCAUACUGGGACAAGCUCAUUGGGCGCUGGGGGUGGAGACGGGCUGUCGUUUUCGCGUCACAUGGCAGCGCAGCGAUCUGCUCUGGGCAGUGAGUCUGCAGACGAGUGGGUGCGAUUGGCACGGUCUGGCGCCGGCACAUCGGCCACAUACGGCACAGAAGAAGCAAUUGUGGUGGAGCGCACAAGCGACACGAGCGCCGUUGUUGAUGCAGUUGAGGAGCAGGGCAAGCUGCUCCUGGUGCGAGACUUGCCGCACGUGCGCAGCUUGCUUGCCUCCGCCCUCCGAUUGAAUGCGCCGAACGACGUGACGCUGCCGCUGCUCGCCCUCAAGAAGCGCUUGGAGGAGACGCGUGCCCGCUUUGCCGCGUUUCGAUUCGUGAACUCGAAAGAACACGAUGCUGCGUCAGCGUCAUCAACGGCUCCAGCCGCUCAACCAUCGCCAUCAAGUGGCAAGCACGAGCCCGCAACAGCAGCAACAGCAACGACUGCAGCAACAACAUCAACAGCAACAACUGCAGCAAGCACAGUAGCGACAUCAAGGGCACAAACAACAGCAACAGCGUCACCUGCAAAUGCAGCAAAUGCAGCAAAUGCAGCAAAGGCAGCAAAGGCAGCAAAGGCAGCAGCGUCGCCACCGUCGCCUUCAUCGUCGCCUUCAUCGUCGCUGCCUCGCAAGGUGUACAAGCCGCGCAUCACAUCGAAAGCGAAUGAAACGAGCGCAAAGCAGACGCCCGCGUCCCCGCUGCGGCAGCGGACGUCGCAUCGGCAGAAGCGUCUCAGUCACGUUGUGGGCAGCACCGUGACGCCAACCGCGAAUGCCUUUCGUCAGGGCGACCGACCAACGCCUCAACCGGACGCAUCAGCCUCAGCAGCACGCGUUGGUAAUCAGACCAGUGUGAGUCGAGCGCCAAGGAAGCAACAACCUUCUCUUUCUGCCUCUUUUCCCUCCCGGUCUUCUUCUUCAUCCGCGUCUGCUUCUGCGACACGGCAAGCAACAACAACAGCAACAGCAACAGCAACAGCAACAACAACAGCAACAGCAAGAGCAAGAGCAACGGCAGCAACAGCCUCCUCGUCCUCCUCCUCCUCGUCCUCCUCCUCCUCAUCAUCAUCAGCGCGUGCAGCCGUGGUCCCAAGGCGAAGGUCUCGACGCAAGGAGGAUGAUGAUAAGGACAGCACCGACGAUGCCGUGUUCAUGCUAAAUAUGGCUGCUGCACAAAAUCUGCAUCGGGUGUGGGGCUCUGGCGGCGAUUCGGAAAUCAACAUCAACGUGUCGCGUCUCAUCUGUCGCGAUGAGCGCGAUCGCAUCGCCGCUCCCACACCGGUAUAUGAGACGUGUGGCGCUCCGUUGCCGGGACAAACGGAUGACGAGGGAAACCCUGUCCUUUGUCAGAUCAAAGUCAAGGUGCGCUGCCCGCUGCAUGGGCCUCUUGUGCCGCGUGAUCCUAAAACGGGCAAGAAGAUUUCUGGGGAUGGCAAGCGCGCUCGGGCAACGUCCUCGUCGCAGUCGCGGAAAAAGGCAAAAUCGGGGCGGCUUUUGAAAUUGCUGUCGAAGCAGUGACGGUCUAGCGGUUUGUGUUGUGGUGUCACACAGCAUGCAGCACCAUGACAGCACUCAUCAAUGCGUCCGAUCGUGUAUUGGGUUCGUAUAGCCACUGCAACGUGCCUAUUACACAUUCAUUUGAACUUACUGUUGAACAUACACACGUGAGCCAUGUACAGAGUCAAGGUAGUUGGCAUGUAGAAAUGAAACACACGAGUGGCGCUGUCGCCUUUUUGUAUCCGCAACAUCCAUUAAAAGUCCAGAGACCGCAA